CCUUGGGGUCCCCUGGGGAUGGGGUACGGUGGCUGGCCGGGGCUAUGACAUCAACUAUUGCAGUGACGAUGGUGUGGGUGGUGCAGUGAUGGUGGUGCGGGGCUGGUGUAACUGUGGCCGGAAGGGGGUGGUUAUUGGCCGGAAGGCGGUGGUCAUCGACUGAAGGCGAUAUUAGCGGAGUCACUAUGACCAAAGUUACCGUGGUGGCAACAUCACUUUGGCGGAGUCACUGGGGCGGCGAUGCGGCAGUCACUAUGGCUGCGGUGGGGCAGUCACGAGACAGGUAGCGGCAGAGUCACUGUGGCAGCCUAGUCACUAGCAGGGCGGAGUCACUGUGGCGGCGGGUCACUUGGCGGUGGAGUCAAUAUGAUCUGAGUCACUGUAAUCGGAGUCACUAUGACUGGUGAAGGAGGGGGCGGAGGCACGGUGCUAGCGGUGCAUUAAAUUUCUUAAAUUUCUGGGUAGUCACUAUCACCGGCGACGGGGGCGUAGCACCGGUGGUGGGGGGCGGAGCACAAGUGGCAGGGGAGGGGGGCCAGGGUGGGUGAAUCAAGGUUGGAUGGGAGCUUUAUUAAUUAUUAAAAAAGUAUUUUAAAAUAAUAAAAGUAAUAGUCGGUACGAAAUUAAAUAAAGAGUAGCCUGUAGCUUGGUCACAUUUGUGGAAAACUUUAAAAGCAAUCAUAUUAAUGUCUUUUGUCUUUCACUUAGUUAUAUUCAAAUAAAAAGGCCUUAGCUUUUAGAAAAAUGCUAGAAGUACAAACACACUUACAAAAAAACUUACAAACAAGUGAUGUGACUAUUCUAAUUAUCAUUGAUGUAAAAGUGUUGUAAAUAUGAUGUGAUGUGUUAAAUAAUGUGAUGAUGCCACGUACCUUUUGUAAGACUUUUUGUAAAAGUCUUAAGAGAAAUUUGCUUUAGGUAGUACCAAAUCAUAGCUGAUUUACCAAAAGGGAACUGCCUAAUGUUUUUUAUAUAUGUAUCACCUAUUUAGUUCCAUAUUAGGAAACUCAAUAGGUGACUUUCCAAAUUUGCCCUUCAAAUUAAAAUUAGGUAUGCACGGGAAAAUAACUUCCGCAGCUAACGACUUCGGUUUCCUUCUUCCGCGGUGGGACAUCUCUGUUCUUCCGCAUCGUUCCUCAGGUGUAGCUCAAUUCGACAAAUUUCUGUCGAAUCUCUACAAGCGUCUCUCUGCCAAUUUCCGGCGAAUUCCACAUGUAGAAUCACAAUUGUUCUCCACAUGUAUAAUCUCUACAAUUGUCUCUCCUUUUGAUGUUGCUCUUCAAAAAUCUUGAUCGCAAACAUGUUGCUUAUGCUUAAGGUGGAUGGUAGUUGGGACAACUCAUAUGUUUUCUGCAACAAACGAUGCUUUGGCUUAAUAGUACAUGAGGGGACAUUAUAUGUUGACUUUGCUUCCAUGGUUUACUCAUGUAUUGGUGAAUCUGUUACCAAUACAAGGCUUAUAAUGUCUUACCUUGUAGAUUCAUGUCCACCUCCUGUUCUUGUUAAUGAUGAUUCUAGCUUGGGAUUUUACUUGGCUUUAAAAAAAAUUGACAGUGACUAUGCUAAGUUUCCUUUGUGUGUU